UCCCCGGGUGCGCGGGCCCAGUGCGCCUGCGCGGACCUACGCGCCUUGGCGGGCGCCUCCCUCUAGUCACGUGGGAAACGCGCUACCGCAGCUGAUUGGCUGUGGUGGCGGCUGCGGCGGCGCGAACAUCACGCGCGAGCACAGUGAUGCGUAUGUGCUGGCUUGUGAGCAAAGAGAAAUGCACUCAGCGGGUGAAACUGCCACACUUGGAACCUGUGGUAAUUGGGCGUGGCCUGGAGACUGGGAUAACGGAUAAGAAGUGUUCACGGCAGCAAGUUCAGUUAAAAGCAGACUGUAACAAGGGUUAUGUCACAGUUAAACAGAUAGGGGUCAACCCAACUAGUGUUGAUCUUGUGAAUAUUGGCAAGGAUGAAGUGGUAAAAAUGAAGCCAGGCCAAGUUCUGCAUAUUGUAAAUAAUCUUUACCCCUACAUGGUGGAAUUUGCCGAAGAGUCUGGGAAAACUGUUCCAAAAGCAGACAAGAUGCCACAUGAGGACUCCUGUGAGAAUGAUGAUAUAGAGCUUGUGCCCAGAAAAACAAUGAAGUUGGAGGUGGUGGAUACACAAGGCAGUUCUACAAAUCCAAAACUAAGCAAUACCAAAGUAUCUACACAUGAAGGAGCUUUGAGCCAAAAGGAACAUUUAGGACACUGGAGUCAGGGUCUAAAGAGCUCCAUGCAAGAUCCAAAAAUGCAGGUUUACAAAGAUGAAAAGACUGUAGUCAUUAAGGAUAAAUUUCCCAAAGCGCGUUACCACUGGCUUGUCUUACCAUGGGACCCUAUUUCAAGCCUGAAGUCAGUCACCAGGGACCACCUUGAACUCCUGGAACAUAUGCAUGCCAUUGGGCAAAAAAUGAUUGAACAGUGCCCUGCCAGAGACAGCCUGGAAUUCAGACUGGGUUACCAUGCUAUCCCCAGCAUGAGUCAGCUACAUUUGCAUGUAAUCAGCCAGGAUUUUGAUUCUCCGGCCCUGAAAACCAAAAAGCACUGGAAUUCUUUUACUACAGACUACUUCUUAAACUCUCAAGAUGUCAUAGAGAUGGUAAGAAGCAAGGGAAAAGUGAUGGUGAAAGACCAUACCUCUGAACUUCUCAAACUUCCCCUCAGAUGCCAUUGCUGUAAACAACAGUUGUCCACAAUCCCACAGUUAAAGGAACACCUUCAGAAACAUUGGCCAAAAUGAUUUUGCAAAAAAUCAUCUUUCAAUCUGUCUUCUGAUUUCAAGACAACACAAAGACCACAAAAUGUUUAUGGAAAUGUAUGUUUAUUAACUAGAAUGACAAAUGUAAUGUGGGGAAAAAAGUGGCCUGGAAACAGCAGCAUACUAAUUUAGUAAUAGCUUCAACAAAAACCUAAGCCCUCUUCUUCUUUCCUACUAAAAAUAUAAAUAAAGUGAAUUCUGAAAUGGAA